GGGAACCAUUUACACCGGUAGGUGUAAGAUUUCAACGAACGUACCCACUGACGUGCCCCAACAUCCAAAACAGUGUGCACAGCUGCUAGCUUAAACGAGCAUAGUCGAAGAAAAGGCAGAGGGCCCUUCCUUUCUAUUAUCAAAGGUUGUUUUUAAAACUGACAUUUUGUGUCCGGCUCUGCACGUUUGCGUCUUGCGUCACCGAGCUUUAGCCGUGGCUGUCUCAUGGUUUCGCCGAAUACUGACUGAAAGUCAGGGAGAAGUCGGUUGGAUGCGCGUGGCCGCCGGACGGGAGGCGCCAUGAGUGCGGAGUUGGAUGCGCUGGCGGUGGUGAACCAGUUGCGGGACCUUGCUGCAGACCCCCUUAAUCGCAGGGCCAUCGUAGAGGAUCAGGGAUGCUUACCCGGGCUCAUUCUUUUCCUGGACCACCCGAACCCACAGGUGGUCUACUCUGCACUGCUGGCCGUGCGCUACCUGGCGGAAUGUCGAGCCAACAGGGAGAAAAUGAAGGGCGAGCUGGGCAUGAUGCUGAGUUUGCAGAAUGUCAUGCAGAAGAGCACGUCACCCGGUGAAACUAAACUGCUGGCCUCAGAGAUCUAUGAGAUCUUCCAGUCGGCUGGGAAGGAGGAAGCCGAGCAGGCAGAGGCGGCCGCCACCUCCUGUCGACGAAAGGCUCAGUUCUUCCUGGGCUCCAACAACAAGAGGGCCAAGACGGUAGUGCUGCACAUCGAUGGCCUGGACGACUCGACCCGUAGGAGCCUCUGCGAGGAGGCCUUGCUGAAGAUCCGUGGAGUCAUCAGUUUCACUUUCCAGAUGGCCGUCAAGAGAUGCGUUGUGAGGAUCCGCUCCGACCUUAAAGCUGACGCGCUGGGCACAGCCAUCAACUCCACCAAAGUGAUGACAGCCCAGCAGGUGUUGAGGACGGAAGACGGAGGAGAGCUGUUCAUGCCAUUCCAAGAGGACGGCGAGGGCGCCUCGGCGGUGGAGGAGAACACGGACAUUCCAGACUACCUGCCCGAGGAGGAGAGUCCGUCACAGGAUCCGAACAAGGCGGUGACACGCGUGGGCUCCGUCACGGACGGAGUGGGCUGGCUCAACACGGCCACCAACUUCCUGACUCGCUCUUUCUAUUGGUGACCCCCCCCGCCCCCCCCAUACCACCAUACGAAGUGGGCUUAGCCUGGACUUGACACAGACACCGAGCGCUACAGCGUGUGUGUAUGUUAAGCGUUCGCUGUAUAUCCCCAAACUCCAGGACUUGAGAUCAGCUGACACAAAGGAUGCUUGUUCCGUUAAGUUGGGAGAUGAUUUUUUUUGGUGCAUGACACACACCCUCUCCUCCCCCUUUCCGGGAUAUUUAUCAUACUAACACUUUCACACUUCAGUUUUUUUAUUAUUAGCAUGCAUUAGUGCCAAUCGACCCCCCCCCCCCCCAUUGCUUUUGCGUGCCUUUAUUUUAUUUUUUUUGACGGGAACAUUUCUUUGUAAUUAUUAUUUAUUCAUUGUUGGAGUAUCCUUAAAGAGCGCAGAACAUGUAGCCCCCCCAUCAGUUUUAGUCCUCCAAGGGUCCUAAAAGUAAUACAGUAAUAAUAAUCAUAUUAAUAAUAAUGAUAAAUUGAAGAAAAGUGUAUUUUUUCGGUUGGGAGAAUUUGGGCUGGUUUCAGUUGCAAAGAUCAAACAAUUAAAAAUGUCAUUGAAUAAAAUGGCCUUUUAUUGGGUUAAUUAUCUUAACAAUAAUGAAAAUAACUGAUGUGAAUUAAAAUUAGAAUACAUAUUUUGGUGUUCAUUUCAUUCCCCUCAUCUAAAUUUCAAAAAUAAAAAAUAUAAGAUGAUUUGUUUAAAAAAAAAAUUAAUUGCGGUUACUUUUUGGGGGCGACUUGUUUUAAUUUGAAUGUAAUGUAUUUUUAAUUUAAGUAUAAAUUUAUAUGGAGAACAAUCUAAACAUAAGUCAAUGACAUUUUGGGCACGUCCUCUGAUGAUGAAACACUUCAAAUAAAAUACAUCAUAAACAUUGUUGGAUCGCAUCAAUUUCUCCCCUCAAAAUGGCCCCUGAUCGGAAAAAAAAAACACACGUUCAUAUAAGUCUUGUGUACAAUUUGUCAACGGUGCUUGACCCCCACCUUGCAACAUUCUGUCCCGUUUUGGUUUUUGCGAGUCACUCAACAACUACAAAAAAAAAAAAAGGAAUCUGUGAUGCCAAAAGUGCUUACCUCAUAUCCCAGGUUGACCUGUUAUCUCCCCGGCAUCACGUCUCUCAUAAUUAACGUCCCGCACACAACAAACCCACACAAUGCAGUGCUGACUAGGCCACUUGUCUCGUCUCUUGUUAGUCGAGGUCCUAACGCUGCGGCGUGACCUUAAUCCAGCGGCGACUUCCUGGUCAAGCUUUUUUUUUUUUUUAAAACCAUUGCGUUACUGUGAUUUUUAUUUUAUUUUUGGGGGGUAUAUUAAUCAUCCUCGCGUGUUGCUCAGUGUCCUCAUAUUACAUCCGAACGGUAGAAAUGUACAGACAUCCAACCGUAUAAUAUACUGUAAUGCUCAUUCCUGUAAAAGACCAUAAACUUCAAAUUCAA